UUUUUAUUUGCUGCAAUUCCAAGAUUUAAUUGAUGUUUGAUUUAUCAGUAGAUGUUACAGCAUGCUAGAAAGUGAAUUUUCAUCUGUGGUGCUACUACAUCAGCUGUCAUCAGUUUUAUUUUUUACUUGUUUUUACUUUUUAUGAAAAUAAUCGACUGUGGAAAACAGAAGGGGGGUAAAAACGAAAAAGAGGAACAGAAGAUUAAUUUUGACGCGUUGACUACGUUUAAGUUUGUGCAAUUCACAUUCCCAUCCUUCGUUCUCUAGGGCUUCCGAAAAAUUGUCCCCGAUAAAUGGGAAUUUGCCAACGACAAUUUCAAGCGAGGCCGGAAGGAGCUCCUAACUGAUAUCCGUCGACGGAAAACCACGACGUCAACACAGUCUACAAACCAAGCUGGGGCCGGCAAGUCCAUAACCACUGCCAAUCCCACCUCACCAGCGAAUUCCGGCGAGGACUUGGGCUCAAGCUCAACCUCAUCCCCCGACUCGAAGAGCCCAGGGUCGGUGGACACCCUAUCUGCAGAGCAAUUUGCGGACUUGUCGGAUGAGAAUGAAAAGCUGAAGAAAGAUAAUCAGAUGCUGAGUUCAGAGCUUGCACAGACCAAGAAACAAUGCGACGACCUCAUUGCAUUCUUGACCAAGCAUGUAAAUGUUGCACCUGAUCAAAUCAACAGCAUCAUGAACCAGGGAGCAGCGGUGGGUGAGAUGAAUUUUAAUGAGAUCAAGUGUGUUGUUGAUGAUCAUGUUGACAACAAAGAAGCCGAUGAUGAUGAUGACGAAAAUGGAAAUGGAGGGAGCUUGAAGUUGUUCGGUGUGACCUUGUUAACAGAGAAGAACAAAAAGAGGGGUCGUGAUGACAUGGAUGUUGGUUAUGCUGAGGUUCGUCCUAGGAGAGACGUCAAGACACUCGACUUUUGUGCACCUUGGAUGAGAAUAGCUUCAUGCGCUGGUGAAACCAGCAAGGUUUGUAACUGAAAUUAAGGUCGAAGUAAUUAAAGCUAGUAGUACUAGAAUAACGACCUAGUACGGAGGGCGUAGUUUUUUGGAGCUGGAGCUAUUAUGCUCAAGAAGGCCUUUUGCAACUGUAAGGUUGGUUUGUGAGGUCAGAAUAAUGGAGAGUUUUCAAUCUUUUAUUUAUUAUUUUUUUAAAAAAGAUUCAGUUAGUUGUAACUCGAGGGAGUUGGAAUUGAAGGCAAUGUGGAUAUCCAGCUCUGAUUAAUGUCUAGGGUUUAAUUCCUAAAUGUAUGUGAACUGUAAAAAAUUGUCGCAGUUUGCAGCUUUAUAGCUAUAAUACAAAUCACUUUUAAGAUAAAA